AUGAAGAUCAACUCCUCAGAGGAAUUAUCCACAACAGAUUUUAUUUUAGUAGGUUUCUCAGAUUACGUUAGCCAUCCAGUAGUGCUUUUCCCAGUGUUUCUGGCAGUUUUCGUAUUAUCAUUUCUUGGGAAUGUUCUUCUAAUUUUAGUGACAAUUAACUCCCCCUUGUUGCACUCACCUAUGUACUUUUUCCUCAGCAACCUCUCCCUAGUAGACCUAUGCCUGCCACUAGUGGUGGUUCCACGCCUACUCCUAAGCUUGCUGAACAACAACAUCAUUUCAUUUACAGAGUGCAUUGCCCAGGUUUAUUUCUUCAUUGCCUUUGCUGGGGUAGAAUGCUUUAUUCUAACAACAAUGGCUUAUGACAGAUAUGUAGCAGUGUGUAAACCCUUAUAUUACAUAAAAAUAAUGAACAGCAAAAUGUGUUGUCUAUUAGUCUUUGCUUCUUGGACAAUAAAUGUCAUCAACUCUGUCCUUCAUACACUUCUGAUUUCUAGACUCUCUUUUUGUGGACCUCGUCUCAUCCAGCAUUUCUUUUGUGACCUAAUACCACUCUUUAAACUUUCCUGUUCUGAUACAUCAGGUAAUGAGUUGGUUAUUUUCACUGAGGGAUUCUUGGUUGUUGCAUUACCUUUUUUGAUUACCUUGAUCUCCUACAUUCAUAUUAUAAGGACCAUCCUAAAGAUACGCUGUACCACUGCGCGAAGGACUACAUUCUCCACCUGUUCAGCUCAUUUGAGUGCUGUGACAUUGUUCUAUGGAACAAUGAUCUGUGUGUACUUUCGUCCUUCAACUGCAUAUUCCCUUGCUAAUGAUGAUAAGCUUGCAGCCGUUCUGUACACGGUCUUCACUCCAAUGCUCAAUCCAUUUAUUUACAGUUUGCGCAACAAAGAUGUCAAGAGAGCAUUCAAAAAGCUUUUUUUCUAG